AUGCCGCUUGAUUCACUGUUUACUACUCGAGGCUCCGAAUCUCGACAAACCAAACCCAAAGCAGUCAGAAAACCACUCUUUCCUCUCCCACGAUCUAUCACCAACCGCAAGACCAUUUUUCACGCAGGACACAACCCUAGAACACACUCAUAUUCAGGACGACCCCUUUCAGCAACAGAGCGAUUGCACGUUGCCCGUCAGCGUCUCCGAAAGUUUGAGCAGGCACAAGUUAAGAAGCAAAAAAGGACCUGGCGUGCAUCUCGGGCUCGCGCUGAACUUGUCACUGGUGCUGUAACGAGUUGCAUCAUCCCGGUUCCAGCCCCAGGUGCAUAUCUGUACUACAAGCCAAGGUCGAAGGACCCACAAGAACUCGGCGAGCUCAGAAGAGCUAUAGAGAAACGAAGGAGACAGAAGGAAGCACGCGCCAGAGUCAGAGCUAAAGAGAAGGCUGAUCGGAAGGCUGAUCAGAAGGCAAAGCAGAGCAUAUUGCGCAUGAGAAUGAGAGGGCUCAAGAACAGACUUCGGCUUUGCUAG